AUGGUUAGCUGGAUUAUGGCUUGUGUAAAGUCUACUAAAUUUUUUAUUUGUUUAAAUGGAGGGAUUCAUGGUUAUUUCAAGGGAGGUAGAGGACUAAGGCAGGGUGAUCCCAUCUCUCCUUACCCUUUUACUUUGGUUAUGAAGGUUUUCAACCUUAUAAUGUGCAAGAAUAUAAGAGAGUCAAGGGAUUUUGGGUAUCAUUUUGGAUGUAAAGAGUUGAAGCUAUCACAUUUAUGUUUUGCUGAUGAUUUGUUGGUGUUCUACAAAGGAAAUGUUGAGUCUCUUAAUGUGAUUAAAUCAUCUUUGGAGGAGUUUGCUCAUGUUUCCGGUUUGACACCUAAUCUGUGGAAAAGUAUCAUAUUUUUUGGUAGUGUGAAUGAGGAAGAUAAAAGUGAUUUAUUGCAAGUAUUACCAUUUAAAUGUGGAAAACUUCCUGUCAGAUAUUUAGGUGUGCCAUUGUUGGCUAAGAAAUUGGGAACUGUUGAUUGUAAAGUAUUAAUUGAUAGAGUUAAGUCUAAAAUUGAGUGUUGGAAAUAUAAGAUACUUUCAUAUGCAGGGAGAAUUCAGUUGAUUGCAUCUGUGUUGUCUUCCAUGCAACUUUAUUGGGCUUCUGUGUAUAUGCUACCCAAUUAUGUUAUUAAGGAGAUAGAAAAGCUUCUUAAAGGUUUUUUUUGGAAUGGUGGUGGUUCUGCUAAGGGAAGGGCUAUAGUUGCUUGGAAAGUUGUAUGUAGGCCUAAAGAACAAGGUGGUCUUGGUGUUAAGGAUCUGAAAAGGUGGAAUGAGGUUUUACUAAUUAGACAGUUUUGGAAGAUUUUGUUAAAGGAGAACUCACUUUGGGCUACUUGGGUGAAAGUUGUCAUUAAAAAAGACAAAUAUUUGGGAGGUGGUUGA